CCGGGGGUGGGUCUUAUCCCUCUGACAGUCUGCGCGCGCAUUUCUUUCGGCGCGCAUUUCGUCCAUCAAUGGAGUCGGAUCUUGUAAGGCACCUCGCCCGGCGCCUCGGCCUCGGGGAGCCGAGUGUACUGAGGAAAGCAGAGGAGUACCUGCGGCUGUCUAAAGUGAAGUGUGUCAGUCUGUCUGCACACACCUCAGAAACCAGCAAUGCUGUCAUAUGCCUGGACCUUGCAGCGUCCUGUAGGAAGUGCCCCUUGGAUAGAGCGUAUCUAAUUAAGCUCUCUGGUUUGAACAAGAAGAUGUAUCAGAGCUGUCUUAAAUCUUUUGAGUGUUUGCUGGGGUUAAACUCAAAUAUUGGAUUAAGAGACCUGGCUGUGCAGUUCAGCUGUACAGAAGCCGUGAACUUGGCUGCGGGGAUACUGCAAAGCUAUGAGUCUAGUCUUCCGGAAGCACAGCGAGCAGAUCUUGACUUGUCCAGGCCACUUUUCACCACGGCGGCUCUACUCUCAGCAUGCAAAAUUCUAAAGAUAAAGGUGGAUAAAACCAAAAUGAUAACUACAUCCGGUGUGAAAAAAACAAUAUUUGAUCGACUGUGUACACAGCUAGAAAAGAUCGGACAGCAAAUUAACAGUGAGUAUUCUGUGGUUGAAAAUGCUGAUUUUAUGGAAUAUUUUAGUGAGAUAAUUGACAUGUCUGUUCUGGGAAUAAAUUGGUUUAAUACCUGUCUUGGUCAGAGUUUCUACCCCUGCACAGACAUCAUGACCAAGAAGCAAGCUGGGGAGGAAAGGGUUUAUUCAGCUCACACUUCCACAUUGCUGUUCAUCACCAAAGGAAGUCAGGACUGGAACUCAAGCAGGUCAGGAAGCAGGAGCUGAUGCAGAGGCCAUGGAGGGAUGUUACUGGCUUGCUUCCCCUGGCUUGCUCAGCUUGCUCUCUUAUAGAACCCAGGGAUGGCACCACCCACAAUGGGUCCUCCUAUCCUUGAUCACUAAUUGAGAAAAUGCCUCACAGCUGGGUCUCAUGGAGGCAUUUCCUCAAGGGAGGCUCCUUUCUCUAUGAUAACUCCAGCUUGUGUCAAGUUGACACAUAAAACCAGCCAGUACAGUACCUUUAAAAAAUAUGAUCCUGGUUGGGGAUUUAGCUCAGUGGUAGAGCGCUUGCCUAGCAAGCACAAGGCCCUGGGUUCGGUCCCCAGCUCCAAAAAAAAGGAAAAAAAAAUGUCAGUAAAAAUAUGAUCCUACAAAUCUGUGCCGAGAAAAUAGAUUCCUUAGGACACAUCAGUCUCAGCCAGGCAGGAUGGUACACGCCUGCUAUCCCAGCACUUGAGAGGCAGAGGCAAACAGAUCUCUGUGUUCAAGGUCAACCUGGUCUACAGAGUGAGUUCCGAGUCACCCAGGGCUACAGUGAAACCCUGUCUCCAAAGAAAGAAAGCAGCUCCAGUGUUAAAUGCUAGGAUCUGUGUACAUAAGCUAGGACGGAAUUGAUUCUUAUGUCUAACAGAAGAAGCAGCCAGAAUGAGAGGAGCAAGACUGUGUGCCUUUCCUUCAUAUCUUUUUGCCCCUCUGUCAUCCAGCUGAGGACUUAGAUGACCAAAUAUAAAAUGAAUAGAAAAAUUAACCUUGAGACCACCUUUUCUUUUUCUAAAAGGAGACUCUGCAGAUUUAGCUAGUCCAGCCCUGAAGAAAAAGAAGCCAGCGUUUAGUCCAGCACUGAAGAAAAAGAAGUCAGGGCUUGAACAACCAGCAAAAGGUAGGGCACACUAGCUGUCUUGAUGCAGAAAUUGGUGCAGUAUGAUUUAUGCACUGAGCAAUCCUGUGAUGGUCACAACAGUUUACAUGACAAGAGCCAGCACUAGAGAAAAGUCUGACCACUAAUUACUUGGUGAGACCUAUUUUUCAAGCCAGGCUUGAUUUACACACCUGUAAUUACUCCUAAGUGCUUAGAAGAUAAGACACAAGAGGAGGGGAUUGCUGUAAACUGAAGGCCAGCUUGAUCUAUAUAGUGAAUUCCAGGCCAGCGUGGGCUACACGUUGAUACCCUCUCACAACAACAAAACAGCCUUUUAAACAAUGAUUAAAAGAAGUAACAGUAAGUAAAAGCAUAUCUGAAGUGGCCAAAGAAUAAAAAUAUUCCUAACUUUUAAAAAUAUGUCUGGUACAGCAUGACAUAUCUUUAAUCCCAGCACUCAGAGGCAGAGCCAGGCGGACCUCUGAGUUCCAGGCAAGCCUGGUCUACAAAGCAAGUUCUAGACCAGUCAGAGCCAUACAAUGAGAACUUGUUUUAAAAAAACACAAAGUGUGAGUGUUGGCAGCUAAACUGCCUGGGUUCAUAUUCUGCUUUGCCAGUGUUAAAAUCUUUAGGCAAAAAAACAGUUCAAGCAGAGACUGGCUUAUAAGUUUGAUAGCUUCGAACCCAAAAUUGGUUCAGAGAACUCCACCCAGUGGUUAAACAGCGUUUCCUAAUAGACUGAACCUAAAAGAAUAUAGAAAAAUCCCAUGGAGUCAGGCUACUCAUUCACUUUAUUUAAGGACGUCUACUGUGAUGUCCCUGUUUGGACACCCAGCAAAGUAGCUUUGGUAAUUGCCUGCUUUUUUUUUCUCUUAAAAUAUAUUUCCAAAUUAGGUUCUAGUUACUUAUAUAGGAACUCUAGCUACAAAGGUAAUCUGAUACUAAAAGCCAUUUGUUUAACACUCCCUACUGGCUGUGUGCAUUUGAAAGUUGACAUAAUUUCUCCAAGCUUCAUUUCCUAAUCUGUAAAUGUGACUAAUGUUAGCACCUACAUCAUAAGGUUGUGAUGGGGUUACUUGAUGUACCAACUUGUUUGAUGUCUUAGCAUGAUUAGAGUAUAGGAGAGAAAAGUGGGAGCUGCGCUGCUACUCUAGGGUCUUACUCUCCUACGUUAACUGAGGUAAAUACUUUCCAAUUUUUACUUUUAUGCCAUGUAUAAACUUGAGUUUGAAAUUACAUUUGCUAACUUUUUCUCACAGACAUAGAAGUAAUAGAAACCUCAGAUAAACUACCGAAAGACGCAGGUCUGACACAGGAUUAUGAGGAAUGGAAAAGGAAGAUUUUGGAAAAUGCUGCCAAAGCGCAAACAGCCGCAGUGGAGUGAUCUCCAUUUCCCUGCAGGCCUGUGCAUCUGUCUGGGAGGUAAAGGCUGUGGAGUCUUCUCUAGGCUUGUACACCAGGUGUGCUAAGGAGUAUCUCCAUAUCGAGGAUGCUCGCACUGGGCACCUCACAUGGACAUUGGAUCAACCAUAUUGCCUCUGUGGACUCAGAUCUGUCCUCUUCUAUGAGGUGAAAUCGGGACCAUUUUGCUUCAGUGUGUUAAGUUUAAGGAAGUUUCCUGACUAAACCGAGAAUGCAGAUUUCAACCUGAAAGGCAUCUCAGACACUUUUUUUUGUUUUUGUGGGUUUUUUUUUUAUUUUAUUUCACUAAAUCAAUGUUAUAUAGCCUAAGUUAAUAAAUAUUUAUUUUUAAAGA